GCCCUGGGCAGGAAAGCGCCAGCAGCUCUGCCUCAUAGGUUGGCAGGAAAUUUAAAACAGCAGCAAGCUGCUGCUCGGACCACCCCUACACUUUAUUUUUUUUUUUCCCAUUAAUGAAGGAGACUAUUUAUUUGGGGGCUGACUUGUCAAACUUACUCGUCGAUGCUCACCAGUAGCUGCCUAACCACUAACUAACUUUUUUCCUCCCUUUCUCCUCCUUUUGGCAAGCUCCCCACAAUGAAUAUGCUGCUGAGCCUGAUUGCUCUGCUCUCUGCUGCCCUGAUAGCCAACGCAGCCCCUCCAACUUGCUAUUCGAGGGUGUUGUCUCUGAGCAAAGAAAUCACCCAGUCCUUUAAGGAGUUACAGACAUCCAAAGCUGUGGACUCAUGUGUGGAGAUGCUGCCCAGCCUGUACUUGGACAUACAUAAUUACUGUGUGUUGGCAAAACUCCGUGAUUUUGUGGCUUACCCCAGAUGUGAGAGAGUGCUUGAAGUGAGUGAGCUGAAGGAAAAAGCCCGAAGCUUGUACACCAUCAUGAUCUCCUACUGCAGAAGGGACUUGGUGUUCCUCACUGAUGACUGUAGUGCUCUGGAAAAUCCUGUUCUGCCUCCCAUUGAGCCCUCCAUCAUUGAGAGCUAAAAUGGAGUCAACCCAAAAGUUGUACCUGGGAAAUUUUCAAAGAGACAAACAGUCAAAAUAUGUAUCCAUAGUCAACUACAACGUUAACAACUAAGAUCUUUUUCAAGCACACUAGCAAUAUUAUCUCAGACCUACUCAUUUUUCUCUGCUGUGGCAGGAAAUGAACUGCAUGCCUUGCAUACCUACUGAGCUGCUAGGGAAAUUACGGUUAGAGAGCAUUUUUUUGCAUUUGGCGAGGUAUGUAUGAAGUAAGUUUUGUUUAAACAUUAGAUAUUAGAUUUUUUUUUUUUUUUACUCUUUUGUGAAUAUCUAGAUUCAUAUAAGGAAAAUACAUUAUGAUCAAUAUUUCAUCCUGUUUUAGCAGUUAUUCUUUCAUUAGAUGGGCUUGGAAGGAACCACAUUUAUUUUUCUUAAAGUGUUUGAUGAAAGAAGUGUAACUCCAUGCUGGCAGAUGUCUCUCUUCAUAGCUCAUGUAUGUGUGCUGAUAGUUUUUUAUGUCAGACUUGUAAGAAUAGAGAUGAAAGUAACUUGUCUCUGUGGAAAACUAAAUAAAAACAACUUUCUUAUCCAAAA